AUUGGCUUACCAAUGGUUGCAAAGGUAUCAUUUGAAGGUUGGCAGCUUUACAGAUCGAUACCACAGGUUGAACCAUGAAACUCGUUCUUGUUUCCGUUUUGGCUCUGUGCCUGAUUGGGGCAACGCAAGGGCAACUGCUUGCGACUCUUUUCCAAGAUGUUGUUAACGCUGUUGGUACCACACUUACUGGUGUGAUCGGUGCAGUGCAAACGUUGAUUACCUCUGCCAUACAGAAUGUGGAUGCCGUUAGCAGCAAAGUGCUCACAGGAAUCAACAACUCUAUCAACAACAUAACUGCAACCGCUACAUCCAUCGCCCAAAAUGCUGCCUUGCAGGCUAAUACCAAUUUCCAGGCUGCUUACGCCCAAAUCCAGAACCGUACGACAACUUUGGCUGCUAAACUGGCUGCCUCGUUGAACUGUACCCAGAAUUACAACACCACAUUGUGGCAGAAUCUGUCCAGCCAGUACCAGGCGAUCGCUGCUGAACUGAACCAACUGUACCUGAACUACACUGCUCCAGUUGUUCAACCAGCACCGAUCCUGAGCCAAAUCAUCGCCACUCCCUUCAACAUCUUCAGAAAUUUGUUUGGAUAAACAAGGGAUGUUAUGAGUUCAUUUUGAAUAAAAGGAACAUUUUUCCGAUACAUUAGAA